AAAAAGAAUUUAGAAAAAGCCUUUCAUUGGUAUCAAAAAGCAGCAGAAAAUGGUAAAUAUGUUAUAAAAAUGGAGAAGGAAUAGAAAAGAAUUUAGAAAAAGCCUUUUAUUGGUAUCAAAAAGCAGCAGAAAGAGGUCAUGUUAAAGCAAUGACCAAUUUAGCUUCAUAUUAUGAAAUUGGAGAAGGAACAGAAAAGAAUUUAGAAAAAGCUUUUUAUUGGUAUCAAAAAGCAGCAGAAAAUGGAACAGAAAAGAAUUUAGAAAAAGCCUUUUAUUGGCAACAAAGAGCAACAGAAAGUAAUAAAGUAAGUUUUAAUAAUGAAGCUGGAUUACUAUGUAAUGAAUGUGAACUACCAUAUAUUGAUUAUCAGUGGUGCCAACAAUGUAAUACUAAACGAUUUCAACAAGAAUUUUCAAAAUGGACUAGUAAUAAUGAAUUUAUUGAUAAAUUUAUUCAAGAAGCACAAAAAAAUGCUAAAAAUAAUUAUGAAAUUUUAGAGUGGAUACCUUAUAAUAAAUUGUCAAGCAUUAAUUAUUAUGAUAAAGGAGGAUUUAGUGAAAUUCAUAAAGCUAUAUGGUCAGAUGGACCUAUCUUUAGUUGGAAUUUUGACAAACAACAAUGGAAUAGACAAACAGAUUAUGAGGUUAUUCUUAAGACACUUAAUAAUUCAUCAAGUUUAAAUAAGAAAUUUUUGGAUGAGGUAUAG